AUGUCAGCACAAGCCAGCAGAGAUAAUCCAUCUACCUCUCCAAUAGACCUUCAGCAGCUUCGCAAUGAAGUCACCCAAAUAUCAGAGCAGCUCGCUUCUCACAGCAGCCUUUUAAAAGAAUUCAAUGACCUGAUUACCAAGAAAAAACGUUUCAGAACUGAUCCUUCUCCUAUCAUAACAACUCUUAAACAAGAGUUCAAGGCAGAAUUUAUGGAAGACACCAUGAGAUUAUUUACUUCACUAGAAGAGCAGCUUAAACUGAUGGAUUCUAACGCAGCGUCUUCCAAUUCAAAAUUCAACGAUGCUAUUAUUGAGCUGAGAAGACUAACAGACUCAGUUAAUGCCAAAGCAAAUUUGUUGCAGGACCAAGCCAAUAAUUUGAGGGAUGUUUCAGGGUCUUUAAGCGACGAAGUGCUUUAUAUAGCAAAUUUAUGUAAAAUUGUUAAUAAUUGUUAAUGAAAAUAAUUAUAGCAAUGCUUGAUAAAAUAAGGAUAUGAAAGAUGUUCUUGCUUUAAAAGCAGAAAUUAAAGACCUUGACAAUUUAGAUCAUAGGGUUGAUACUUUUACACCUCUGGAAAAUUUUGUGAUUUUAGAAGGAACUGUAAAACAGCUGGCUUAUCGUAGUGAAGUUGCCAAAAUUAAUGAAGAAAUAGAAAUAAUCCAGGACAGGCUUAAUUUGUUACCGACAGCUGAUAAGGUAAAAGAGUCUUUGGAAAAAAUUAACGAUGAGCUGAGGGGACUGAUAAAUUUGAAAAUGGACUGUGAAGCUUAUGAGACUGCUGUUUUUAUGAUUAACAAGAAGCAGGAUGUGUUUGAAAAUAGGAUAGAUGCUAUAUUGCUAAAAACUUCUAAUUUCCCUUUUUGUUUAGCGAGCAAAACAUAGAAAAAUCGUAUUUUUAGGAAAAUCAACCCAUGCAAUUAUUUUUUUUAUAUAAAUAACUAUCUAUAGAAUAUUUUAACAUGUAUUUAAUCUUUAUAAUAAUAUAUAUCUCAAGCUAGUUUAAUAGAAUUUUAAAACUGUGCGUCCUAAAAAACUAUUUAUAUAACUUAAAUAAGAUUUUUUAAAAUUGGGUUUUUAAAAUUGAAAAAUUUUUUUAUAAAGAAAUAAACACUUUUAGUGAACAAAAUUCCUGCUCGCUACCAAGGAGUAGAAUAAGGAUAAAGACUCAUUGACAAAAAUGCUGAAUGACUUAACUGGGAUGUUUAAUGCGAAACCCUGAAUGAUAGAAAUCGAUAAAAUUAACGAUAUUUUGGAGACGAAAGCAUCAAGUGAGGAGUUUAGAAAGCUGAAAAUUGAUAUUUUGCCAAAAAUUGAAGAUUUUGGGAAUAAGCUUGACAAGUUUUCAAGAGAUUUAAAGUCUUUUGAAGCAGCACAAGCAAGAUUUGAUGAAAUUAUUUUGACAAAAGGAUCAAAGGAAGAUAUAUCACAAAAAAUCUGAUUUAAAUCAUUAAAUAAGCAAUUUUUUAAUUAAUUUAGUUUUAAUAUUAAAUACUGGCCUAAUUGUGAUAUUCUUAAUAAACUUCCUUAUAAAAAAAAUCCAAAAUUUCCAAUCAACUCUCUUAAAACAAGAAGUUUUUUACUCCUCAGUUUCCGAACUCAACAUAAAAAUCAGCUCAACAGAAGAGCAGCUCAAAGAAAUGCUGGUAAGCAUAGAAAAUAUUAUUGAGGACAUCAAUAAAUACGGACUCAGCAGUCAGUCACAGAAAACCCAGUCCAGAGAUUACGCCGCUCUUUAUAACUCAAUAUCAGAUCUCAAAGAAGCUAUUUCUUCUAAAGCAGAAAAAACUGAUUUAUUCCAAAUUUCUGCAAAAAUGGCAGAAAAAAAUGAUUUCGAAAAUUUAAAAAAUAAUUGCGACACUUUAGUCAGACAGUUCCAACAAGCAGUCCAGCUGCAAAGCGAAACCCUUAAAACAAUGCUGAGAACUGCAGAUAGUGCGAUUAAAAAAGACAAAGUAAGGGUGGAAUUGUCAAGAAAUACUAAUAUUUUGCUUACUUGAAUAAAUAGCAGACUGCCUCCAGUUAAGCUUGAUAAUUCUGUUAAUUGUGGGUCAAAAUUAUCAGCGCUGCUGCUGUCAAGGACUACGCCAUCUCCUGACCAUAAAAUUGAAAGAGCGACUCCUAAUAUAUGGAAACGGUCUUUAUCAAGAAGAGAAAAAAGACUGGUGAUAUCUUCUCAUGCUUAUAGAGCAUCAGUUGAUUUGCCAUAG